AUGACGACGCGACUCGCCGGUGACGGCAGAGAUACGAUGGUGACGGAGCAUUCAUCACGGAAGUACCAGCUGAUAGACGCCGUCUUGGCAACCACAGUUGGCGGUGUCACCGGAGCUGCUUACGGAGGUAUAAUAGGAAUGGUCAUGGCCCCACUGAGACGAGCUCAGUAUGCUCGGGACUGUUCAGCACUUGGCGCUGCAGGGUUUGGUAUUAAAUCCAUAAUGACUGAAAUUAGAGGCAAAGAUGAUCUUACAAAUCACAUAGUCUCAGGAUCAGGUGCUGGGUUGGCAUUAUCAUUUGUGAAACAAGGCGUGAAAGCACAACCUGCACACGCACUCUUCACCGCUGCUGGUUUCGCUGUUUUGACUGGAACAGUGUAUAAGGUGAAUGAAACAAUUACAUCGCGCAAUGCCCGAGAAGCCUUAUACACAGAGACAAGAGCUAUGCUAUCGAAGCUAGGCCUCCAGAAAUAUGAGAAGAACUUCAAGAAGGGACAUCUCACUGAUCCCACCUUGCCUUUGCUCACUGAUAGGGAGCUACAAGAAAUGAACAUUCCACCAGGGGCAAGGCUUCUGAUACUUGAUCAUAUCAAGAGGUAUAAUAAGAUGGUAAACCGCAAGUGAAGAAAGCAGUAAAUUGACCCCCAACCCUUUUUGUCUUAUAUGGUGGUGUGGUGGUGAUGUGAUUUAGAAUUUUGGAGGUGUAGUUCCGAGACCUA